AUGCGGGGUCCAAAUGACAGUGCAGAUGGCUAUGCUCCGUUUUUGUCCCUGGCCAGCAGACUACCAUUGGUCAGUGAGUCUAGUGGAACAGAACCAGGGCCUGGUUACUAUGACGCUUCACCUGUUAAGCUAAAUGUCCACGGUGGCUGCAGUCUUCGGAACCUUUCCAAGCGCUUCAAGGGUCCAGCGUGUGAGGGGCCUGGCCCUGGGGCCUAUCAUGUUCCCAUGUCGCUAGCCUUUGUUAAUGAAAAGCUUGGGAGUAGACCGGUAAGUCCAAUGUGUAAAGGUGACCUUAACCAAGAGGACGAUGCGUAUCCACCUAAAAGUGCACUGCAGCGUGUUGCCAACCUAUAUGACGUGCCGUCCAUUCCCUCCCCGGGUCAGGCCUACGGGUACGAGGAGGAUGACCUGGGUAUUCUCCGCAAGCAAGAACCCCCGCACAGAGACGCCACCCUGGGCCCGGCCUACUACACUCCCUCCAGUGCCGAGAACAUGUCAAAGUACAAGGGUGUACAUUUUGGCAAUAUGAGCGCCAGGAGAGGGGAAGUGAGCAAAGAAGAAGGCCCUGGGCCAGGCCACUACUACCCUGAAAUCGUCCCGGAAACACGCUAUGAGAAUGUCAACCUGCGGAAAGAGCAGAAGGUCAAGGCGGAGCUGCUUAUUCCUCGAUAUCACCAACUGCUGCCCCAACUGGAGCACAAAAAGGGCGUGCCUGGUCCCGGACAUUAUGACAUCAGAGGACAGUUUGAGAGGACCAGCGAUAAAAAGCAGCCGGUUACCUCCUCCUUUCUAUCUGAAACUGAGCGCUUCAAAGUUGCCAAGGAAGCGUCGCCCCCUGUCGGCACCUAUGAUGACCCGCGCUGCGCCAUCAGAACGGUUCACAGUGGGACAGGGGUGAAUAAAAGCCCAUUUGGUGUCACAUCACACCGCUUUCAGACGAACCACAAUCGAGGUUCCGCACCAGGUCCUGGGUCCUACAAUGUUGUGUACAUGGGUUUGGCCCAGGAGAGUUUGAGAAGGGCAUUUUUAGAAAGAACCACGAAGGGAGGCUUUGGCUCCACCGCUAAACGCAGCAGCAGCUUCCUCAACAACGAGUUCGGACAAGGACCCAGUCCAGCAGAGUACAAGGUGGAAAAUCGUCCAGAGGAGCUUUACAAAAAGCAGCACACAGCCGCAUUUAGAUCAGCCACACAACGCCUGGCAUCCACAAAUGUGGCCAAAGAUUCCCCGCCACCCAAUGCUUACCAUAUAAGUGGGACACCGGAGGGUGCCGGUGGACACUGCGUCGCUCGGAAUAAAGAAGCCAGACGACGACAAUGCAGUUUCCUGUCAGCUGCUCCACGAAAUACUUCAUUUCUAGGUCGUGUGAACAACGGACCAGGUCCAGGUGAAUACAACCCAAGUGUGAGAUGCUCCACUUCAAUGGCUUUGAUGACCUCCAGGGAUGAGCGCUUCAAAGACACCACCAACACCAAUCCAGGACCUGCUGCUUACCAGUUGAGUCCAGGUCUAAUGAACACUUUACUGAAGGGAACCUUCAACGCCACUCUCUACAACCCUCUAAUGUUUCGGCGUCACCUAGCUGCCCAUAUUUUACCGGAACAACAGGCCAUUUAUGCCGUUACACACUGUACCACCACCAGUCCACCAUGA